GACGGGGGUUUCUGCGAGGUCCGUCGUGAAGAAAAAGCGUUGGGAGCUUGGCUGGAGUAGCGCGGGCUCCUGGCUGCGGAGGGACUUCUCUCGUAGGCUCAGCCCCGCAGCAGGCAUGUUCCCGGGAUUUCGGAGAGGCCGCCAGGACCAGUUUAAACACAUCAUCCAUGGCCUUCUCCCUGCAGCCAGCAUCGCCCCAAAGCCAGCUGUGCCCCGCACACCUCCUCCCCGCAGCCCCAACCCGUCUCCAGAGAGACAAAGGUCUGCUCUGGCUGCAGCCAUCCUGGCAACAACGUUGACUGGGCGGACAGUCGCCAUUCCUCAGCCUCGCCAGAGAUCCCAAUCUGAGAACAACACGAUCUGCGCUGAAAAGGACAGCUUCAUCGAGCCCUAUGCCACCUCCUCGGAGCAGAGACUUCGGCAAAGUUGGCAGAGUGAAAGGAGAACUUCUUUACCAUCCUUUGAGAUGCUGAGCUGUGGAGAGGAAGAGGAUGAUGAAACAGAGCUCUCCUCCAGCUCCGAGGAGGUGGGAGAUGGCAGUGCCCAGAAAGAAGAGGGAGGUUGCCAUGAUGCCGAGUAUGCGAAGCCACACAAAAAUCAGAAGGUGCUUUUGUCACAGUGGGUGGACAGUGACGAUGAUGAAAAUCCGUGUGAGCCAGAUGGAUUUCCAGGCUCACCUCCUGCACCACAGCAUGCACAACGGAAAGAUGAUACACAUGUGGUUCUAAAUUUAAAGGAUGAAGAGAUGUCGUUGUGUGAAAAGCUUUCACCCUCCCCAGAUAUAACUGGUGGAGCAUGUCAGAUAUGCAAAAAAAAAGCCCGAGAAAAGUUCAAGGAAUUAAGCGAAGAAAAUUUGCUCCUGAACAAUAAAAAUCAAGAACUUAUCCUUGAACUGCAUGUAAUGAAAGAAGCGAUGAGAGAACUGCACUUAAAAUGCAAGAGGCUGGAAGACGACAGCUGUGCACUGCAGGAAGCUGAGAAAGCGUCCUCCCAGGGAGUUGCUGAAUCUGAAUUACUUUAUCUAAGGAAACAAGCUCAAGAAUUGGUGGAUGAAAACGACGGGUUGAAAAUGACCAUCCAUCGUUUGAAUGUAGAACUGAGUCGAUAUCAAACAAAAUUUAGGCAUUUGUCCAAGGAAGAGAGUUUAACUAUUGAAGGCCUCCCAUCAAAGGGCCCUAUACCACCCUGGUUGUUGGAUAUAAAGUACCUGUCUCCAUUGUUGUUGGCUUAUGAGGACAGAAUGAAAGAGAAGGAUGAGCUCAGUGCCACCCUCGAGGAGGAAAUGAGAAUGUUUAGGGUGCGAGUCCAAGAAGUGGUGAAAGAAAAUGAAGUGCUGCACCAGGAGUUAAAUAAGAGCAGUCCUGUAUCCUGCGAGGAAUGGCACCAGCUUCAGGCUCAAGCAGAACUGGUUUUAGAGGAAAACAAGCUAUUGCUGGAGCAGUUGGAGGUCCAGCAAAGGAAAGCCACAGAGACCCAUGAGGAGCAUCGCCAAGAAGUCUCUAAGCUGAAUGAAAAACUGACGCUGCUGGAAGCUACAACACAGACCCAGGAAAAGGAGCUCUGUGCCAGCAAGGAGCAGGUGGAGAUUUUACAAGCUCAAUGCCAGGAACUCAAAACACACCUGGAAGGCACAAUUGAUGCAGGAGUUCAUACACUGAUUGUAAAUAAAUUAAAGAGCCAGUUACAGAAGAAAGAUGAGAAACUAAAUGCUGACUUGGAAGAGGUGAUGGAAAUGUUCACAGUUCUGCAAACACGUCAGAAGAGCCUGCUUUUAGAGAAAAACAAUUUGGCAGCUGAAAACCAAGCCCUGGAAGCUGAACUUAAAAAGGCACAGAAAAUAAAUAGGAAAUCGCGGAAGAAAAUUGAUCUCCUCAAAAAGCAGGUGGAGAAAGCCCUGGGGAACGAAAUGUGUUCUCACCAAUACUUGGCAAACAUUGUUGGCCUAGCAGAGAGUGUAACCCAGGAACGUGACAGUCUUAGGUUUUUGGCUACAUAUUUAGACAACGAGAAGAAUGGAGUCAUCAACAAAAGCAUAAAAAACAAAAUUCAACUUCGAAAGUUGGAGGAGCAGUUCAAGGGGUAUAAGAAGGAGACAGAGCUGAAGCUGGAAGACAUUUGGGAGCUCUUUGCUGGCCAGGCAGCUCAGUAUCAGCAGGAGGUACGGCACCUCCACCAGAUGCUACGGAACAAGCAGGAGGUCCUGGACGAGGCACUGCAACAGAAAAGAAAAAUGGAAGGUGAACUUCAGGUUGUUUGGGAGUCCACCUCCAAGGAAAACCAAAGAAUCCGCGGCCUUCUGCAGGCCACACCGGGGAGGACAGGCACGUGGGACAGCAGCAGACCUCCGGAGGACGCCUGCCUCAGUGGCAUCACUCAGGGAGACAUGUUGGAUGGCUUCUGUGACCUGACGCCUCCUUCCACCGCCCACCAGAGUCUGUCAGAGCCCAUUGACUAGGCCCAGAGCCUGACAGCCAUGCCCUGCACCAGCCAGGAAGGGCGCCCAGUCCCCAGCAGGAGAGGCAGCCACUGCCAGGAAGAUGCAGGGCACUGCUGGGGGCAUGAAGAGAAGAUAUUCCAGGACGUUAGUCUGUUUUUAACAUUUUACUUUAUUUUAAUAAUACUGCUGAAAAUUUACCGCCUCUCUC